AGGUGAUAAUCUUGUGUCAAUGCAGGUUCAUCAGUUAUAACAAAUGUACCAAUCCGGUGGGGGAUGUUGAUAGUGGGGGAGGCCGUGCCUGUGUAGGGACUGAGCGAAUAUAGGAAUUCCACCUUCUACUCAAUUUUCUUAUAAACCUAAAACUGCUCUGAAAAAUGAAGUCUUAUUUUUUUAAAAAGCAAUUAACCAUAAAUUUAGUCUUUCGUUAAUUUUUUCCAUGAUGUUUUCAGCGCACAAGCCUUGCAUUUCUUUUCUUAAACUUAUUCUAAGUGUGUUUAUACAUACAUUCAUUCCUUUUGAUGCUAUUUAAGCAUAAUUGUUUUCUUAAUUUCGAUUCUGGAUAGUUCAUUGUAGAUGUAUAGAAAUACGAUUGAUUUUUGUAUAUUGAUCUUGUGUCCUGCAUCUUAACUGGACUUGUUUAUUAGUUCUAAUAUUUUUUGUGUGGACUCUCGGGUUUUCUAACAUAAGAUCUUGUCAUCUGUGGUUACAGAUACUUUUACUCCUCCCUUUCCAAUCUGGAUUCCUUUUAUUUCGUGUUCUCACCUAAUUGCCAUGACCAGAGCCCCCAGUAAAAUGUUGGAUACAAGUGGUGAGAGGACCUCCCGAUGUUACUGAGCAAAGGGAAAGCUUUCAGUCUCUCUCCACUGAGCACAGCAGCCGAGGGUUUUCGUGGAUGGUCUUCGUGAGUUUGAGGGCAGUCCCUUCUAGUCCAGAUUUGUUGACUGUUUUUUCUGUGUCUGUUGAGAGGAUCUGUGGUUUUUGUCCUUUAUUCUAUCUGUAUGACAUAUUCCAUUGAUUCAUUUUUCAGAAAUCAGUCUGCUUUCAGUUAAGUCAAUCUUGCAUUCCUGGGAUAAAUCCUGCUUGGCCCUUUUUACAUGUUGCUGGAUUCACUUUGCUGGUACUCAGUUGAGCGAUCCUGCAUCUAUAUUCAUAAAGAUGUUGCUCUGUAGUUUUCUUUCCUUGUGAUGUCUUUGUUGAGUUUGGUGUCAGGGUGCUCCUGGCUGUGUACGAUGAGGUGGGAAGUGUUCUCUCUUCUUGCAUUUUUGGUACUUUCUCUUCACUGCAUCUCCAUGUGUUGCUCAGUGUAACUGCCUUGCUCGCUGGGGUACAGCACUUGGCCCAGCCAUGUCCCUGGAAGUUUACAGUUUACUGCAUCAACCACGCUUGGCCACAAGUAUCCAUUGGAUGUUGGCCCCUGUGAAAAGGGUGUGGUGAGAGCCCCUCUCUGCGUAGAUGAAGUCUCUGAAACCCUGCACUCCAGCUCUCAGGUGGCCAUCGGUCAGGCCUUGGGGGAGCUCCUGUUACACAACUGCCCAGACCUCUUGGUUGGAAAUGCACUUUUCUGGGUUUCUGUGAAGACGUUUCAGGACAAGGAACAUCUGCUCGGUUAUGUUUAGGCCACACAGGAGCGAGGUGCGGGAGGGGUCACCCCUGCAGGAAGUGGGAGCCCAUCUGAGAAGCUCCUCAAGACAACGUCAGCCACAUACCAGAAGGGAGCAAGGGGCUGGCUAAAGCAGAGUGCUCCAAGUGGCGCCAUCUGGUCUGGGAGUCCACCACCCUGUCACCAGCCCCCUGAGCCAGACAGCCUGCAGGUGCCCCUAACGUCCUAUCCCACAAACCACAUAGAAACCUGACAACAUGGAGAGAGUUCUGGGGGAAGAGGAUGACUGUUUUGGUUUUGCUUUGCUUGGAUGGAUUGUCCUCAUUUUUCUGUGAACAAGUUCAUACCCUGUGACACCAGCCUUUCCACAUUCAAAGGAGUGGGAAGAGCAGAAGGACACAGACCCCUCAGCUCCAGGAAUAAAUAAGCCUGAGGGGGUUUGUGAUGGUCACAUGGCGAGACACGUGAUGUGUCUCCGUGAUGCAGGGACUGGCAUGGAGCAGAUGCUCAGUCCACGACACCUCUCACAGAUAUCCACAAGUGGGAGCUGCUGUUACGGUCCCCCAGGGUCCUCCAGGCUUGACAGGUGCUCCUGGGCUGGGAGGGGCUGCCAUUGGGGUCUGAGGGGCCCUAGGGGUGCCCCAAGCUGGAGGGCUGGAGGUGGUCCCCAGGGGUCUGCUUGCCUCCUUUCAGGACACUGUCUGUAUCUGGAAGCUCAGAACAGCCAGCACGAGUUCUGUCAAUUCACAGAACACUCCCCACAGCCGGGCGCUCCCUCGUCAGUGGGUGAGGGUGGCUUACUGCCAUCCCAUUGUGCUAGAGGUCAGGGACUGCCCAGGGCCUCUCAGCCACAUUCAGACCCUCAUCUUACCAGCGUCUUGCCUGACUCCCGCAGCCCCCACACCUCCCAGGGUCGAGGGGCCUGAAUGGUGCCCAGCUGGUGGAGUCUGUGUGUUAGGAUGAGGAAUCAAGGAGGACGUCUGCAGCAGUGGACGAAGAGUGGGCUCCAGACCCCACCCAGACCUGGACCUUAGCCUCCACAGGACUGCCAAGACCACCCUGGUGACCUGGACUAGUCACUUACCUGGUGGCCUGGAUUUCCUCAUCUGUGAACCGGACACAGUAUUACAGCUUAACCAGAACCUGGGGAAGCACUGGUGUUGGCUGCGUGAGGUGUGGGUAUGGUGGACUGAGUGCGUGUGUCACCAUGACAAAAGGCCAAGCGCUACAUCCAGUGCCUUGGGGUUAGGGCAAACCCUCUGGAGCAGAGGGACUGUAGUGGUGACAGCAAGUGAGUCGCAGCAAGUCCUAGGGGGAUGGACUCAGGCGAGAGAAAAGGUGAAGCAUUUGGUACCAGGAAGCAGUGGCACCACAGACCUGGCUCUGGAGGCAUGGCCAGGCACAGAGGGGGGCUCAGGUCCCAGGGCAGCCACCCUCCAGGCGGGUUGAGUUGAUACACCUGCCUGCUGGACCGUGGAUGCGGGAUGAAUGCCUCUGAGGCCAGGUGGCUGCCUGGUCUGCGGUGGCAGCAGGUGGGUUGGUGCUUGUCUCAGCUGCCCACCAUGGCCCCGGGGCUGCCCAGCACUGCCAGUGUGGCGCGCUUCUGCCAGAAGCUGAACCGGCUGAAGACACUGGAGGAGCCCACCACAGAGACGUCGCUGCGGCGCCACCUGACCACGCUGGACCUGAUCCUGCUGGGUGUGGGUGCCACAGUGGGCUUGGGCCUGUACAUGCUCACUGGCACCGUGGCCAAGGAGAUGGCCGGCCCGGCAGUGCUCGUGUCCUUUGGCGUGGCUGCCAUGGCCUCCUUGCUGGCAGCCCUAUGCUACGCAGAGUUGGCAGCACGUGUGCCCCGCAAGGGCUCUUCCUACCUGUUCACCUAUGUGUUCAUGGGUGAGCUGUGGGCCUUCCUCGUUGGCUGGAUACUGCUCAUCCAGUGUAUCGUUGGGGCCGCUGCCAUGGCCCGCUUCUGGAGCAGCUACCUAGAUGCCAUCUUCAGCCGCAGCAUCAGCAGCUUCACCAAGGCCCAUGUGGGCACCUGGCAGGUGCCCUACCUGGCCCAGUACCCAGACUUCCUGGCUGCUGGCAUCCUGCUUUUGGCCUCUGCAUUUGUGUCCUGUGGAGGUCGUGUCUCUUCCUGGCUCAGCCACACCUUCCUUGCUAUCAGCCUGGCCAUCAUCCUCUUCAUCAUCAUCCUGGGGUUUGUCCUGGCCCACCCGCACAACUGGAGCGCUGAGGAGGGCGGCUUUGCUCCCUUUGGUUUCUCUGGCAUCAUGGCUGGCGCUGCCACCUGCAUCUAUGGCUUUGUGGGCUUUGUUGCUGUUGCUGUCUCUAGCGAGGAGGCCCAGAACCCAAAGCGAUCUGUGCCUAUGGCCCUCGCCAUCUCGGUUACCCUGGUGGCUGCUGCCAACAUCCUUGCCUCAACUGUGCUCACCCUCAUGGUGCCCUGGCACAGCCUGGACCCUGACUGGGCACUUCCUGAUGCCUUCCACCAGCGGGGCUAUAGCUGGGCAGCCUUCAUUGUGGUGGCUGGUGCAAUCUGCGCCAUGAACACUGUCCUGCUCAGGUACAUCUUUUUCUUGCCACAUAUCAUCUCUGCCAUGGCUGCCGAUGGGCUCUUCUUCCAGGUGUUUGCCCAUGUGUACUCCCGGAUGAAGGUGCCUGUGGUGGGCAUCCUGGUGUUCGGGUUCCUCAUGGCUUUCCUGGCUCUGCUGGUCGAACUUGAGGCACUAGUGCAGUUCCGCUGCAUCUGUGCACUGCUGACCUACACCUUCGUGGCCACCAGCAUCAUCAUGCUACGCUUCCGAAAGUCCCCGCCAGCCAGUUCUCAGGACCCAGGCAGCCCUCUGGGCACCGAGCAGACCUCAGCCUCUGAGCCAGGGCAGCUGCAACCAGCCCUGAGGCCCUACCUCCGCUUCCUGGAUGGGUGCAGGCCUGGAGCCGCUGUGGCUUGGGCCCUCGGUGUCCUGGUGUCCUCGGCCAUCACCCUGGACUGCGUGCUGGUCUUUGGGGACUCGGUCCUGCACCUCCCGCCCUGGAGCUACACCCUGCUGCUCCUGCUCAGCUCCGCCACCUUUCUGCUCAGUCUCCUCGUCCUGGGGGCCCACCAGCAGCAGCACUGCCAGGACACCUUUCAGGUUCCCAUGGUGCCCCUGACUCCCGCCCUGAGCAUCCUCCUCAACAUCUUCCUCAUGCUGCAGCUGAGCUACGUGGCCUGGCUGAGCUUCUCCAUCUGGCUGCUGAUUGGCUUUUGUCGCCCCUACAGGAAUCACGGUGUAUUUUGGCUACGGCAUCAGGCAGAGCAAGGAGAACCAGCGGGCACGGCUAGGGCUGACGGCCACACGUGGCAACCUGGAAGAGAUGGUGCCAGCCACGCAAACCCCCAGCCAGGCACCGGCCCAGGAGCCCGGCUCCAUGGAGCAGCCUGCCAGUCCAUGAGGACCACGGGGGGCCUACUUACUGUCCCCCACAUUCUUUGGAGGCUGGAGGGGCUGGCAGCCCCUCUAUCGGGGGCAGCUCAGGUUGAGACCACCAACUCAUCACCUGGACCCAUGCAGAUGUCUGAUAGGCGACCUUUCGACAUCAAGAAGCUGAAGACUCCACCCUCAGAUCAGGCUCAUACUGCCAUUUUGUGAGCACACGUCCUCUAAAGAGGCAUGGAGUCUGACCACGCUUGCACAGAUCAUCAAUUACGUCUCCUCACCUCCAAUCACCUGUCUCCACAUUUCAGACCACCUUCCCCCCAUCCUAUAAAUAUCACCGAGCCCCUCUUUUCAAGGAAGCGGGUUUGAGACUCCUGCUCUCGCUUCCUUGCAUGGCUGCUUUGCCAUUGAACUCUCCUGCAAUCGCCUUGUCUCCAUGUUUGGCUUUCUGGGCGGCGAGCAGAAAUGAAUGUGCUGCUGUAACACUUUGGCAAGCCAGCCAGGAGCUAAGUCCAGAUGGACCUUUUGGCCCGAGAUUCGUCAGCUCCUCGCCAGUGUGGAGAACCCGUGGAUGAGUCCAGCAGCUGCCUGGAGCAUUUCUCCUGAGACUUCUAGGAUUUUUUCCUGGCUUGGCACUACCAACUCCUUUGCACAUAUUUUCACUUUUCAGUAAAGAAAUGGUUUCUUGGUUUGGAAAAUGUGUUUUUGGUGAGUAACUUUGGUACAAAUGAUCGGAUUGGUAUUUCUUCUUCCUUUGGUCUGACUUCAAAAAAGGAAGCCUUGUUUUGGCAGGAGACACCCUCUAUGACUUCCGACAAAGGAAGCCUUGGUCUGGCCUUCAUUGUGAGGAUCUCGGUUUGGGGGAUGCUCCAUAUUAAGGAAGAAUUAGAGGAGCCAGUCACAGAAGUUCUCCUGGCUUGGCUUGGCUUGGCUUGGUUUCGGUUCUAGCUGUGAUAUACAUAUACUCUGACCAGCCGUGUCUAAGUUCCAAAACAA